AUGGCGACCAUUUGGAAAACCAACGCGGCGAGAAACGCAGUGCGUUGUUUGAGCCAAUCGUUGGCCUCCACUAGCCGCACUCCUUCCAUUUCCUAUCGUUUCUCCUCCGUUCGCUACCUCCGCACUGGUCGCGAUCCUAGUUCCAGGACUUACGAGAUUAUUCCACCGGUGAAUUGGGGGAUUCGGAUUGUGCCGGAGAAGAAGGCGUUUGUGAUUGAGCGAUUCGGGAAGUACGUUAAGACUCUUCCCUCUGGAAUCCAUUUUUUGAUUCCUUUCGUUGAUCGUAUCGCUUAUGUACAUUCGCUCAAGGAGGAGGCUAUUAACAUUCCCGACCAGAGUGCUAUUACCAAGGACAAUGUCACCAUCCUCAUCGAUGGAGUGCUUUAUGUCAAGAUUGUGGAUCCUAAGCUGGCGUCUUAUGGGGUGGAGAAUCCCAUUUAUGCUGUCAUUCAACUGGCACAAACAACAAUGCGUAGUGAGCUUGGUAAGAUUACUCUUGACAAGACUUUUGAGGAAAGGGACACACUCAAUGAAAAGAUUGUGGAGGCCAUUAAUGUGGCUGCCAAAAGUUGGGGUCUGGAGUGCCUUCGAUAUGAAAUAAGGGAUAUCUCUCCUCCACGUGGAGUGAGAGCAGCUAUGGAGAUGCAAGCAGAGGCAGAAAGAAAAAAGAGAGCUCAAAUUCUUGAAUCUGAAGGAGAAAGACAGGCACACAUAAACAUUGCCGAUGGAAAGAAGAGUUCAGUGAUCUUAGCAUCAGAAGCUGCGAGGAUGGAUCAAGUUAACAGAGCCCAAGGUGAGGCUGAAGCCAUCCUAGCUAAAGCAAAAGCAACAGCUGAGGGACUGGCUCAUGUGUCAGCAUCCCUAAAAGAAAAUGGAGGACCAGAGGCAGCUAGUUUAAGGAUUGCAGAGCAAUAUAUUCAAGCUUUCAGUAAUAUAGCCAAGGAGGGCACAACAAUGUUACUUCCUAGCUCUGCAUCCAAUCCUGCUAACAUGAUGGCCCAAGCCCUUACUAUGUAUAAAAGCUUGCUUGGUAACGUUUCCAGUGAUAAGCCUAGUGGAACUACGCCCCUUUCAAUACCAGCACAAUUAGAAGGAAAUGAUUCCUCUGGGGAGGGUAAAGGCGAGAGCUCCUCAACUGCCACAGUAACUAAUGAAAUCCCAGAGUAUCGUGGAAAAUCUGGAUUUUCACUUCAGGGCCCACCAAAACGGGAAUAG